AAAAAUUUUCAUUAUGUUAACGUUUUGGAGUCGAUAUCGUGAAUAUACAUAAUAGUAUACAGAAAUUGGAGAUGUUUACAACAUGGACAACAUUUAGAAUAUUUCAAAGUUUAUAAACUAGUUGCCUAAUUUUGAGAAUCAGUCCAAGAGAGUUUUUUUUGUCGUGCAGUCGAAAAACCUGUUGGAGAUGAAGUAUCUCUUGUUGUUUUCUUGUUUGGUCGGAGCUUCUUUAGCAAGAAACUUACCAUCGUUCGUGGAAGUCUGCAGGCCAAAACAUGUAGACGUUAAUAAAUGCAUACAGAGAAACGUAGAUUACCUGAAAGGAAAAUUCGAUGAAGGUAUUCCAGAAUUACUGAUUCCCUCCUUCAAACCUUUCAUUAUUCCUAACGCGUUUUUCCAAUUGGGCAGUAAUCUGCAGAUGGAAGUGAAGAACCUGAAGCUUUAUCUACCCCAAAGUUUCUCUCUACCAGAAAUGAGAGCCGACCUGAAGAACAUAAAAUUCUACAUGAAGUUGCAUUUUCCCCUCAUGCACAUGUUGACCGAUUACAACCUUAAUGGGAAAUUGUUGAUAAUUAAUUUGAACAGUACAGGCUCCGGUACUAUUAAUAUAACCGACAUGGUUGCGGACGUCGUGGCAAAUGGAAAACUCCACAAGAAAAAAGGGAAAGACUACAUAACAAUCACCGAUAUAGACAUCAAACCGAAAAUUAAAUCCUUAGAUCUGAAUUUAAAUUUAUUCCCCAACAAUGCGGAGUUGCACGAUACGGUAAGAAAGCUGUACAGAGACAACGAAGAAGUUCUAAAGGAAGAUUUCAUACCGGUUGUUGUUAAAAUCGUUAAAGACAUCAUCAUGAAUUUAGUCAACAAUUUCUUCGACAAUUUCAGCUUUGACACUUUGUUUCCUGACGAUUGAAGCUAUCGUACAGUAGUUUUAUUGAAGACCUUAUCUUUGUAUUAAAAUACAUACAUACUUAUAGGCUAAUUAUAAUUUAUUGCACACCGCUUAUUAGUAGAUAUUGAUAAAAGUAUUUUCUUAUUUAAUUUUAUUAAUUUUAUGC